UUGGGAGCGUAAUAGACUUUCUGAGCAAAACACUACAUAAAAGUGCAUUAACGUGUCCUUUGGAUAACACAAAUGUCUGCAAGAUGCUUGACGUUGGUCGCAGUCUGCGUUGUGUUCGUCUCCACAGAAGCUGUUUUAGGCGAAGAUGUGAAGAAAUCAGUGGGUGAGGAAGUGUCUUUUCGUCCAGACAGAAUAGAUCCUCCUGUCAGCAGCAUUAUAUGGAAACACAGAAACAGCAGUGGAGUUGUUGUAAAAGCGAUUGAAUGGGAUGUUGAAGAUGGUUUUAACACCCCGAAUCAGAGAUUCAAAGGCAUCACAAGUCUUAAUGAGAAAACUGGAGAAAUCACUAUAACUGAUUUAACUGUUGAACAUAGUGGACUUUAUACCAUCGACAUCAACAGUAAAGAGCAGAAACACAGAUUCAACUUGACCGUAACGAGAGAAGAAGUGAAAAAUGUAUUUGGUGAAGUCGGUGGUAGAGUGUCUUUUCGUCCAGCCAGCUUAAAUCCUCCUGUCAGCAGCAUUAUAUGGAAACACAAAAACAGCAUUGGACCUGUUGUAAAAGCGACUGAAUGGGAUGAAGAUGGUUUUAACACCCCGAAUCAGAGAUUCAAAGGCAUCACAAGUCUUAAUGAGAAAACUGGAGAAAUCACUAUAACUGAUUUAACUGUUGAACAUAGUGGACUUUAUACCAUCGACAUCAACAGUAAAAAGCAGAAACACAGAUUCAACUUGACCGUAACGA